GGCGGCGCGGUCCUCCGACCGGCUUCAGGCCGCUCUAGCCGCCCUUCUCGCCUGCUCUGCCGGGAGGCGGGCGCGCCCGCGGGGUCCCUCCAAGAUGGCGGCGCAGAGGAGGAGCCUGCUGCAGAGUGAGCAGCAGCCGAGCUGGACAGACGACCUGCCGCUCUGCCACCUUUCUGGGGUGGGCUCAGCCUCCAACCGCACCUACUCUGCUGAUGGCAAGGGCACCGAGAGCCACCCCCCGGAGGACAGCUGGCUCAAGUUCAGGAGUGAGAACAACUGCUUCCUCUAUGGGGUCUUCAACGGCUAUGAUGGGAACCGGGUGACCAACUUCGUGGCCCAGCGGCUGUCCGCGGAGCUGCUGCUCGGCCAGCUCAACACCGAGCACACCGAGGCCGACGUGCGUCGCGUGCUGCUGCAGGCCUUCGAUGUGGUGGAGAGGAGCUUCCUGGAGUCCAUCGAUGACGCGUUGGCGGAGAAGGCGAGCCUACAGUCCCAGCUGCCAGAGGGUGUCCCUCAGCACCAGCUGCCUCCUCAGUAUCAGAAGAUCCUUGAAAGACUCAAGACGCUGGAGAAGGAGAUUUCAGGAGGAGCCAUGGCCGUCGUGGCAGUCCUUCUCAACAACAAGCUCUACGUCGCCAAUGUCGGUACAAACCGUGCCCUUUUAUGCAAGUCCACGGUGGACGGGCUGCAGGUGACACAGCUGAAUGUGGACCACACCACGGAGAACGAGGAUGAGCUCUUCCGCCUCUCGCAGCUGGGUUUGGACGCGGGAAAGAUCAAGCAGGUGGGGGUCCUCUGUGGGCAGGAGAGCACCAGGCGCAUCGGGGACUACAAGGUCAAGUACGGCUACGCUGACAGCGACCUCCUCAGCGCUGCCAAGUCCAAGCCGAUCAUCGCGGAGCCCGAAAUCCAUGGUGCACAGCCCCUGGAUGGGGUAACUGGGUUCCUGGUGCUGAUGUCCGAGGGGCUCUAUAAGGCCCUGGAGGCAGCCCACGGGCCAGGGCAGGCCAACCAGGAGAUUGCCGCCAUGAUCGACACUGAGUUCGCCAAGCAGACUUCCCUGGACGCGGUGGCCCAGGCCGUGGUGGACCGGGUAAAGCGUAUCCACAGUGACACCUUUGCCAGUGGCGGGGAACGUGCCAAGUUCUGCCUGCGGCACGAGGACAUGACCCUGCUGGUGAGGAACUUCGGCUACCCACUGGGUGAGCUGAGCCAGCCCUCACUGACCCCGGCCCCAGCCGCGGGAGGUCGCGUGUACCCCGUGUCCGUGCCUUACUCGAGCGCCCAGAGCACCAGCAAGACCAGUGUGACCCUGUCCCUCGUCAUGCCCUCCCAGGGCCAGCUGGUCAACGGGGCCCACAGCGCAGCCACCCUGGACGAAGCCACUCCCACCCUCACCAACCAGAGCCCGACCCUGACCCUGCAGUCCACCAACACGCACACCCAGAGCAGCAGCUCCAGCUCGGAUGGGGGCCUCUUCCGCUCCCGGCCAGCCCACUCGCUCCCGCCUGGCGAGGACGGCCGCGUCGAGCCCUACGUGGACUUCGCUGAGUUCUACCGCCUCUGGAGUGUGGACCAUGGGGAGCAGAGCGUGAUGACGGCACCGUAGCCCCAGCCCGGAGUGCAGCCGAGCAGGACCUUGCGUGGGACGAGGGGCCUAGCUCUGGGGUCGGACAGGCCUUCUCCUGCUGUUUGCCUGUGCUGUGGGGCCAGUGGUGCCCAGUCAUCAGCCAGCACCAUGCCCUCGCCCCACAGCUCUCGGUGCUGUAGAGAAUGUCCUCUCAGAAGGCGCCAGUGCAGACUGGACCCCUGGGACCUUGUCACACACAGAGGGCUGGAGGCCACUCCCUCAGGCAGCCUCAGCCAGGACCAUCGCCAUUUCUCGGAACAAGGGACACGGGUGCAGAAGCUGUGUUGGCCCGCAGGCCCACC